UACAGCACUGUCACUCUCCUCUACACUAGUUAUGACCUUUGUCGGGAAAUACUACAUGUCAGGGAAAAUGAAAUUGAGACUGGUUCUUUUCAUUUUGAGCCUGUCAACAGGCGUUGUAUUCAGCAACACGACUGUGACGAUCUACCCCCAGUGGCUGGCAAAGGGGGGUAAUCUUCGCUAUGAGCCGGAUAGAUGGAGCAAGCACAAUGGUCUGGAACAGGAAUUCCUGAUUCCAAGUUGUCGGAGUAUUCGGACUGACAGCGGGCGCUGGAUGAACAGAGAUUUAAAUGAUAAUCUCUUUCAAGAUUGGCCAGAGGACCCAAACCAUAGUGGCUACCCUGACCCCAACUAUCUCAAGAACGUCACCAAACAGCAGGAACUAUUCUCCAAGUACCUUGCUAACAUUAACAGUGGUUACAAGAACGAAAUGAUCAUGGUGACAAGAUCUCAUAACUGGCCAAACUGGAUGAACCAGUCAGAACAUGAAGGUCAUUUUCCUAACAACGUCGAUGCUGCUGCUGAGUUCAUGAUGUUGAUGGUGCAAGGAGUGUACGACUACACCCAAGGUCAGAUCCCGCCAUACUUCGAGGUCAUCAAUGAGCCAGAGGCUGAUUGGCAGAUCUUGAAUUUCAGCACCACUGUCGGCAUUUACCACAAAGCAGUUGCCGAGAAACUCCAUGCCAGAUUUAACAUCAAGGUGGCUGGCCCGACAAUUACAGGAUAUAAUACAGACAUAGAUAGGAACGACUUUUCGUUCUGGCCCAAACUAGUACAGUUUAUGGACAUUGCUUUAGACCAUUUAGAUGUAUUUUCCUUUCAUUCAUACAACUCACUUGUUGUUUCGGGGAAAUCUCACAGAUUUACUGGUAAUAAUGAAGCACGUUUGGUAGCAUUUGUCGACCUCAUUGAAAGCUAUGUCCAUAGAAAGAAGGGGAAAAUUAUCCCCCUCAUUAUCAGUGAAUAUGGUCGCGGUGGAGUAAAAGGAAUCAGCUCAACUGCUCCAUCGGGUAUAGUCGAUUUUUCAACAAUAUACAACGCCAAUGCCCACCGAUUCACCCAAAUAGGUCUCAGAGAAUACGUUGACCGAGGAGUGGUGUUUCUCUUGUCUAAUGAACAAUCCCCAGAACAUGAAAGUCUUAACUGGUCACUUUUUACUCUUCAAGGAAAACCCACACGGAUUGCCGACGUCUUCGAAUUUUGGUACAAUUUCACAUCAGAGUACUCCUUUAUCAGAACCUCCAGUCAAUCUAACGGACAGGAACGAACUGUGUCGCCGCUGGCAAUGUCCAGUCCCUUGAAUAAUGAAACGGUCAUUCUCCUACACAGUUAUUCUCAACAGUCACAGACCGUCAAGAUAGUUUUUCAAGAUGACUGGAUCACACCAACCACUGGAGAAGCUACAUGCAUCACAAUCGAGGACAACUGGAAUCCAAUUAUCACCUUCAACAGACCCUUUGACAUCGGAAAGACCCAAGGAAUGGUUGAACUUCCUCCAGAAGCUACAUGUCGCUUCACAUUCAAGACCCACUCAGGCCAACUACCUAAAGUCACUCUCAAUGAAACUACAUACUACGGAACUGAUGUCAUUAUACCUAUCAAGGACAGCAUCGCUGUUACAACCAUAUCUCUCCCGGUUGUCGAGAUUCACAACGGAAUUCUGCGAGUUUCGACCAGCUGGCCCACUACUGAAACAAACGAUCUGAAAUCUGUUACCCUCAACAGCCAAACUCUUGAUUCUUUCUUCAAGCUGUAUGACUCAGACAGGCAGAACAGUGACAUCCAUACCUACAUGGAUGUUUGGGAGUUUGAUGUCCAUUCCACCUUGUUGAACACCACUUCUAUCACGGUCCAGGUUAACUUCUCCAACAAAGAGUCGAAAGGAUAUGUGACUUCGGUAGCCCUUGUCACAGCCAAGCUUGUCCCAUCUGACAUUAAAUAAUAACACAAAGACACAUAAUUUUGAUUGAUUAAAUAUAAUGUGUGAUGAA